AUGGGCUCAACCACGGAACAGCUCCAAACCUGGUGGAAGGAGAGUUCGGUGUAUCAGAUCUACCCGGCAUCCUUCCAAGACACCACAGGCUCCGGCACCGGCGACAUCAAGGGCAUCAUUUCACGCGUAGACCAUCUCAAGGGCCUCGGCGUCGACAUAGUAUGGCUGUCGCCCAUAUUCGAGAGCCCUCAGAAAGACAUGGGAUACGACAUCAGCGACUACAAGAAGAUCGAUCCCAUCUACGGAGACAUUAGUGACGUCGAUGCCCUCAAAGAUCAACUGCAUGAACGAGGGAUGAAGCUCGUCCUUGACCUGGUUGUGAAUCACACGAGCGAUCAGCACGCGUGGUUCAAGGAAUCACGAAAGUCAAAGGACAACCCUUUCAGAGACUGGUACAUCUGGCGUCCUCCCAGAUACGAUGCUCAGGGCAAUCGGCAACCCCCCAACAACUGGGAGAGCCACUUCCAAGGCAGCGCCUGGGAAUACGACCCGCAAACAGACGAGUACUACCUCCGUCUCUUCUGCAAAGAACAGCCGGAUCUCAACUGGGAAAACCCGGCCGUGCGCGAAGCUGUCCACGACGUCAUGCGCUUCUGGCUCGACCGAGGAAUAGACGGCUUCCGGAUGGACGUGAUCAACUUCAUCAGCAAGGAUCAGCGUUUCCCAGACUCUGACAAGCCGGUCCUGAAGGGGCACGAGUACUAUGCUUGCGGGCCUCGCUGCCAUGAGUUCUUGGCAGAACUGGGGGCUAUCCUCAAGGAAUAUGAUGCGUUCAACGUGGGGGAGAUGCCGUGUGUGCAGGACGAGAAGGAAUUGAUCAAGGCUGUGGGUGCUGACCGCGGCGAGCUCAACAUGAUUUUCCACUUUGAACACAUGGAUCUCGACUACGGCCCGAAAGGAAAGUUCUCCCCAGGCACCUACAGCCUCGCAAAGCUCAAGACAGUCGUCAACAAGUGGCAAAAGUUCAUGUACGAGAACAACGGCUGGAACGCCCUGUACCUGGAGAACCACGACCAGCCGCGCGUCAUCAGCCGCUUCUUAUACGACGACCCCGAGCACCGCGAGGCCAGCGCAAAGCUCAUUGCCCUGUUCCAUGUGUUGCAGGCGGGCACGCCGUUUAUAUACCAGGGACAGGAGAUUGGCAUGACAAACGUCCCCAAGGAGUGGCCCAUUGAGGAAUAUAAAGACGUCGACUGCCUCAAUCACUGGAACUUAUACAAGGACACCGCCGACGAAGAGACCAAAAAGCUCGUCAAGGCAGAAUACCAAAAGAAGUCCCGCGACAACGCCCGCACGCCGAUGCAGUGGGACUCGUCCCCCCAAGCAGGCUUCACCACCAGCACCCACCCCUGGAUGCGGGUGAACGACAACUACAAGGCCGUCAACGCCGCCUCCCAGACGGGCAACCCGCGAUCCGUCUACCACACGUACCGCCGGGUCCUGCAGACGCGCAAGGAGCACAAGGACCUGUUUGUGUACGGUAGCUUUGAGCUCGUCGAUGAGCCGAACGAAAAGGUGUUUGCGUACAGGAGGAGGGCUGCGGAUGGAUCGGUGGCGGCGCUGGUUGUGUGUAAUUUCUCGCUUGACGAGGUUGAGUGGGAGAUUCCUGUGGGGGAUGUCCCGAAGGAGGUGCUUUUGAGCACGCAUGAUCGAACGCUGAGUGAGGUGAGUGGUGAAAAGAUGUCGUUGGCUGGGCUUGAGGCGAUUGCGGUGCUGCUUUGA